AUGGUAUCAGACUUCAACGGGUCGAGUGAAAGCAUUAUAUUUGACGAUACUAACGUCAUAAAGGUUGAAAAUGUAGUAUUGCUAGAUGACAGCUUUGAGGACACAGGUGAUUAUCGGGCAACUCUUGUAGCAAAGCUAAUGAGGGACCCAAAUAAGAGCGUUUUUGUAGACAGGGAUAAGGUAGUUAUUCAAUACAGUGACAAUUUAGCACCUGUCCGAAAGUUUUGCCAAUACGCAUUUGAUAGAGGCUACAAGAUCAUGCAACUGCAUUUGAUAGCAGAUGACAUAUUCGUACAGAAUAUAUGUGAAUUGUUCCUAUACAAUUACUGGUCAACACCACACUCAAUGUUGAUAAUAGUGACUACAUCAGGCAAAAUAGCGAAGUCGGACAAAACAGGAUUAAGAAGUUUCAGAGCAGUUGACCUAACAGAAACUGGAUUUGAAUAUUCACACUUUAAAGGAAUGUCAGGAGCUUCAGGCUCACCCAUAGUUAACUCUAAGAAUAACGUAGUCGGCAUAUAUGGGAGCGGACGAUGGUGCAUAGACGAAGUACCGAGCGUUGGCGGGGGGUUACUAAAAUUAGCCGGCUUAACUCAAAUAGCAGGGGUUCCCGUUAGAGAAACAGAUAUGCAUGAACACUUUAAGAGGUGCGCAGCUGAAGCUUUUGUAGGCAAAUUGCCAAAAGAGAAUUGCUAUUAUUUAUUAGAAGAACCGACGGGAUCAGGAAAAACUACACUGUUUACAUACGAAUUGGCUAAAUUAAUAAUGGGCAAUAAGUCGAUAUUGCGAUUACAGCCUAAUGUUGCAGCAGUUAAGAAUUCUUAG